GCUUUCCCUAUCAUAUCAUCGGCGACUUGUAGCGCAACUCGCGUAAUUACCCGAAUGAGCACCAUGCCUCCCAUGUUACACUUCGUUCGACGUGCCUUCGAUCCCGGCCUUCCCUCGAGCGAAUUCUCCAAUCAAUGGAAGCAUCCAAGCGACGUCUUCUCCGUGCUCCUGAUUCUCGGCGGUGACGUUGUUGCUCGCGCACUCGCACAGUUGGUAGGAUCGCGCUUUACGCCGGUCGCGUUCUCGUUUGGUUGGGUUGCUUACGCGAUAACCGCUGUUGUUUCAGCUAUCGGCGAGAACAAGCUGAUGCCACCCGCCGACUUCUCAUGCAUGGUCAUUAACGGCGAAACCGGAUAUACUCGCGACAACCACAGCUGGAUCAUUGGCCGCAUGGUGCGGGACUUCGAGACGUGGAUGGACCAGCAACCACUGGCAGGAGGGCUGCCAGCUCUGCCACCGGGCCCAAGUCCGAAUCCGGUCCAGACUUGUGUUGAGGAUAUCAUUGAGCUGAAAUGGGAGGAGCUGAGAGAACGCGCGAAGAAAAAGGAGCAACCAGAACCGGAGCGGCCGCCCAAGGCCGGACUUUGUGUUUCCGUCUAUAAAGCACAGGAAGCCACCAAGGGCUAUCCCGGAUAUGACGCUCCGUAUAUCGCCGGUUUUCUCACCUGUAUCGUCCAGCUUGGUGUGGCAGCCAUACCGUGCGGUAUCUUCGGCGACUGGAGCAUUCUUGUGGUAACGGCUGCCGGUAUCGUCUUGUCCUUCGCUUCUGGGGCUUUACCCCAGUGGUCAAAGGAGAAGUGGGCGUGCCGCAUCGACACGGAAAAGACGUUUGUGUUGACCCGUGGAAAUGGUAGCCAACACGCCAUCGUGAUCCAAGGUGCGGGCGUCGGUUUGGAUCUCGAGGAUCUCUCUGCCGCCGACACCGGUGCGUUUGCCGACCGGGGAACUAGACUGAUCGUCAUCGCACUUGGCUUCUUAUGGAUACUCCUUCUUAUCACCGCGUCGGGAAUCAGGGAGAAUACAUGGUUCCUCCUCGCAGUUGGCGGCAUGGGCAUCCUUCAGAAUAUAUACGUCGCUGGCACGAGUCGUCCUCCCGAGGCGUUUGGCGUGCCCCUUGAGUUUGUGGAGGUCAUGGGCAACCCUAAGGUCAUGGACACUCUAUUCAAAGUUGAGGAGCGUUAUCCCCGCCUAGGUAAAAGCAUGUUGCCCAUCUUUUUCACGGGAGAAUUGCGUGAGAAUGAACAAAAAAAAUGGGACAAUUACGAGAAGAUCGCCAAGGAGAUAAAGGAGAAAGCGAAGAGAGAAAAAGAACCGAAGAAGGAGGAAGUGUCCAACAACUUCUCCAAACACCAACAGGCUUCUAAUUCCGGUUCACGCAAGUAAAUCUGCCAAUGAGACUCAGUUCGUUUAGAGUUCUACGGUGAUUGUGAAUGUAGGCUGGACCCAACUCAUUUCCUAGCUUUAUGGCCCUCUCUUUUUUUUAUUGCAUAUAUCUACAGAUAUGAUAUGAUAAUUUUCCAAUAUGCCUGAUGGCUGAUAGCCC